AGCUGAAUGGCUGUAUGUAGGCAGUGGAGUUUGUGCUGUUCACUGAGGUCCUGCAUAUGUUUACCUUUGUGAAAUAAUGGCGAGGGAAUCAUAACCUCUGAAAUAAGUCUCCCAGAGGAGCGCUGUGAGAUCAAAAGUGGAACUAAAAAUAGGUCAAACUCCCCUGUGUCCAGCUGUGUGUCCUUGAAGAGUGACCAGUCAAUGAUAGAUCCUCUGAACUUUAAAGGAGCAUCAGUCUCUCUGGAAAGUGGUACGGCAGAAAGAUCAGACUCUCCUGUGUCCGGCUGUGCGUCUUUGAAGAGUGACCAGUCAAUGAUAGAUCCUCUCAAUUUCAAAGGAGGAUCAGUUUCUCAGGAAAGUGGAACUAAAGAAAGAUCAGACUUUCCUGUGUCCAGCUGUGUGUCUUUGAAGAGUGACCAGUCAAUGAUAGACCCUCUCAACUUCAAAGGAGCAUCAGUCCUUCAGGAAAGUGAUGAUACGGGGUCAGAGUCUGCUGUGACAACGGACAAGCUUCAAAAGAAGAGUAAAGAACAUCUGAAGAACAUCUUUAAUGAGCUUGAGAAAAAAAUCUUUAAGUUCAUAAAGGAUGAGCUGGAAAUCUAUAAAAAACAUCUAACAAAAAAAGACAUAAAAUAUUGUGGAGAUGUGAAGGAAGACAAGUGGAAUUUAAGACAAGGAGUUCUUAAUAUGACACAGUACUUCUUGAAGAAGAUGGAACAGAAGGAACUCGCUGAUGCACUGCAAAAUGAACUGAUUGGAAUUCAACAGUAUGCACUCAAAGCUAAACUGCGCAAAAAGUGUCAUCAUGUACAUGAAGGAAUUGCAAAGCAAGGAGAGUCCACUGUUCUAAAUAAGAUCUACACUGAGUUGUACAUCACUGAAGGUGGUGCUGGACAGGUCAACAAAGAACAUGAAAUGAGACUCAUUGAAAAAAACAAUGUAACAAGAGACACUAAUCAAAUGGAGCAAGAAGUGCAAAUCAAAUGCAAGGACAUGUUUGAACCUUCAACUGAAGAAGACAAGCGCAUCAGAACUGUUCUGACUCAGGGAGUUGCAGGUAUUGGAAAAUCAAUCUGUGCGCAGAAGUUUAUUUUGGACUGGGCUGAAGGUAAAGAAUAUCAGGACAUCCAGUUCAUCUUUCCACUUCCCUUCCGAGAACUGAACCUGAAGAAAGGAAGUCAGAGUUUGAUGGACAUCAUCUAUUUCUUCUUCCCUGAAACACAAGGAUUGACAUUAUCGAAUGAGCACAAAGUCAUGUUCAUCUUUGAUGGACUGGAUGAAUGUCAACUUCCUUUGAGAUUCCAGACAAAUGAGACCCUGAACAACAUCUCAGAAGAAGCCCCACUGGACUCUGUGAUGACGAGCCUCAUCAAGGGAAAUCUGCUUCCCUCUGCUCUGAUCUGGAUAACCACUAGACCAGCAGCUGCUGCAAAGGUCCCUGCAGAGUUUAUUCACCGAAUGACAGAGUUACGUGGCUUCAAUGACUCACAGAAGGAGCAGUACUUCAGAAAGAGAAUCAGUGAUCAGGACCUGGCAGAGAAAAUAAUUGAUCAUAUUAAACAAUCAAGAAGCUUGUUCAUCAUGUGCCACAUCCCUGUCUUCUGUUGGAUUUCUGCAAAUGUACUUCAGGAAAUUUUGCAAAAAAGAAAGAAUAAAGAAACACCAAAGACACUGACAGAAAUGUACACCUGCUUUCUGAUCUUUCAGACCAUACAGGGGAACCUGAAGUACACUGGAAAUAAUGAUUCGGAUGUACCCUGGGACAAAGAAGGCAUUAUGUCAAUGGGAAAGUUGGCUUUUCAUCACCUGGAAGAGAGCAAUCUGAUCUUCUAUAGAGAGGAUUUAGAUACAUGUGGCAUUGACCCCAGUAAGAUGUCAGUGUACUCAGGACUGUGUACUCAGGAGACAGUCAGAUUUCUUGGCACAGUUUACAGCUUUGUACAUCUCAGCAUUCAAGAGUUCCUUGCUGCAUUAUUUGCAUACAUUUCUCACAGAAAUGACAACAAGAAUGUUUUAGACCAUCAGUCCACACCACAGGAGAGCAAGAAAACACAAGUCAUUGAUUUUCUCAAGGCUGCAGUAGACCAGGCUUUGAAGAGUGACCAUGGACACCUGGACCUUUUCCUUCGCUUUCUUCUGGGUCUCUCUCUGGAGUCUAAUGAGCAGCUCAUUCGAGGUCUGCUGACCCAGAAAGGAAGCAGGUCUGACUGCCAGAAGGACAUAGUUGAGUACAUAAAGUCAAAGUUUAAGGAAAAUCCAUCUCCAGAGAGAUCAGUCAAUCUCUUCUACUGUCUGAAUGAGUUAAAUGAUGAUUCUCUAGUGAAAGAGAUCCAGAGUUACAUGAGCUCAGGACGUCUCUCUGAAGCUGAACUCUCACCUGCACAGUGGUCAGCUCUGGUCUUUGUGCUGCUGACAUCCAAAGAAAAGCUGGAUGAGUUUGACUUAAAUAAGUUCAUCGGAUCAGAGGAGUGUCUUAUUAGACUGCUGCCGGUGGUCAAGGAAGCCACAUCAGCUCUGCUGAGUAACUGUAACCUUACAGAGAAAAGUUGUUCAGCUCUGUGCAAAGUUCUCAGCUCAGAAUCCUCUAACUUGAUUAAACUGGACCUCAGUAGUAAUAACCUACAGAACACAGGAGUGAAGCUGCUUUCUGCUGCACUAAAGAGUCCACACUGUAAACUGGAGGAACUGAGACUUUCAUACUGCAGUAUAACAGAGGAAGGAUAUGCUGCUCUUGCUUCAGCUCUGAAAUCAAACUCCUCAUCAAACCUGAUAGAGCUGGAUCUCAGAGGGAAUGAUCCUGGAGAUACAGGAGUGAAGCUGCUCACUGAUCUGCUAGAGGAUUCAAAUUGUAAACUGAAAACACUGAGACUGUUGAGCAGUUCUGCUGCAGAGGAAGCCUGUGAUUCUCUGACUAAAGCUCUAGGAAUAAACCCCUUACUGCGGAGCAAGCUGGAUCUGAGUGGGAAAAUACAAGGAGAUUCAGAAUUGAGGAAGAUCUCUGAUCUACUGGCAGAUUUACACUGCAGACCUAAUAAUCUCAAGCUGAAUAAGUGCAGUAUUACAGGGGAAGGCUGUGCUGCUCUAUCAUCAGCUCUUUGUUCAAAUCCUUCACACCUGAUAGAGCUGGAUCUGAAUGAGAAUAAACUAGGAAACUCUGGAGUGAAGCAGAUCUGUACUCUACUGAAAAAUCAGUGCUGUAAACUGCAGAAACUGAAUCUUUCAUUCUGCAGUAUCACAGAGGAAGGAUAUGCAGUUCUGGUUUCAGCUCUGAAAUCAAACCCCUCAUCAUACCUGAUAGAGCUGGAUUUCAGAGGGAACAAUCCUGGAGCUACAGGAGUGAAGGAGCUCACUGAUCUACUAGAGGAUCCAAACUGUAAAUUGAAGACACUGAGGCUGUUAAAAAGUUCUACUGCAGAGGAAGUCUGUGAUUCACUGACUAAAGUUCUAGGAAAGAACCCCUUAUUGCUGAGAGAGCUGGAUCUGAGUGGGAAAAUCCAAGGAGAUUCAGAACUGAAGAAGAUCUCUGAUCUACUGGAGGAUUCACACUGCAGAACUCAGAAACUGAAGCUGAAUAAGAGCAGUAUUACAGAGGAAGGCUGUGCUGCUCUAUCAUCAGCUCUUUGUUCGAAUCCCUCCCACCUGAUAGAGCUGGAUCUGAGUGAGAAUAAACUAGGAGACUCUGGAUUGAAGACAAUCUGUGACGUGUUGAAGAAUCCUGACUGUAAACUACAGAAACUGAAGCUGAAUAAGAGCUGUAUUACAGAGGAAGGCUGUGCUGCUCUGUCAUCAGCUCUUUGUUUAAAUCCUUCAAACCUGAUAGAGCUGGAUCUGAGUGAGAAUAAACUAGGAAGCUCUGGAGUGAAGAAGAUCUGUUCUCUACUGAACAAUCAGUGCUGUAAACUGCAGAGACUGAAUCUUUCAUUCUGCAGUGUAACAGAGAAAGGAUAUGCUGCUCUGGCUUCAGCUCUGAAAUCAAACCCAUCAACACACCUGACAGAGCUGGAUCUCAGAGGGAAUGAUCCUGGUGAUACAGGAGUGAAGGAGCUCACAGACAUAUUUGGGAAUUCGAGUAAAACACUGAGACUGUUGAAAAGCAGUGAUGCAGAGGAAGCCUGUACAUUCCUUAAUAAGAUUCUGGGUAAAAACCCCUUACUGCAGAGAGAGUUAGAUCUGAGCAGGACUGAACCGAACCACAUCAAAGUGCAGCAGCUGUGUGCUCUACUGGAGGAUCCACACUUCAGACUGGAGAAACUUAAGCUGAAUAAGUCAGGUCAUGUCAGAGUAAGAAGCUAUGCUAACAAUCAUCCAAUUUACAAAGAAAGGCUGUAUAAAUCAGACAUUAUUACAAAGAGAGACUGUGCUGAUCUGAUUUCUGCUCUGACUGUAAACCCCUCACACCUGAGAGAGCUGGAUCUGAACAAGAAUAAACUAAACAAGUCAGGAGUGGAGAAGCUCUGCAAUCUACUGAUGAAUCCUGACUGUACACUGGAGAAACUGAAACUUGCUAACACUAUUACAGAGGAAUCGUGUGUAGCUCUGGUUUCAGCUCUUUGUGUAAAGCCCUCAUAUAUCAGAGAGCUGAACCUGAGUGAGAAUAAACUGGGAGAUUCAGGAGUGAAGAAGCUCUGUGAUCUACUGAAGAAUCAGGACUGUAAACUACAGAAACUACUACUUGUUCAGAGUUUACCAGAGAAAUCCUGUGCAGAUCUGGCUUCAGCUCUUUGUGUAAAUCCAUCAUUUAUCAGAGAUCUGAACCUGAACUGGAAUAAACUAGAUGAGUCAGGAGUGAAAGAGCUCUGCAAUCUACUGAAGAAUCCUCACUGUAAACUGAAGAAACUGAAACUAGUCAACACUAUCACAGAGCAAUCCUGUGUUGCUCUGGUUUCAGCUCUUUGUGUAAAUCCCUCACAUAUCAGAGAUCUGGAUCUGAGUGAGAAUAGACUGGAAGAUUCAGGAAUGGAGAAGCUCUGUGAUCUACUGAAGAAUCAGGACUGUAAACUACAGAAACUGCUGAUUAAGUAUUGCAGUAUAGAUGAUAAAGGCUGUGCUGCUCUGACUUCAGCUGUGAGUUCACAUCCCUUACAACUGAAACAUCUGGAUCUACGUUGGAAUAAACUAGGAAAGUCAGUGAAGCAGCUUUCUGAGAUAAUGAAGGAAUCAGAAUGCAGGAUACGAUUAAAUACUUCUAUGAGUUGGAUAGGUUUUCCUUUCCUUUCCUGGGAAGUGGUAACAGAAGAAUCAUCAGAAGAUGAAGACAGAACGGGAUGAACUGUAAGAGUCAGGAUAAAAAAGGACCUCUUUUUUUUGGAAUGUCUGAAUAGUGGUGAAUGGUGGAUUAUGAGGUUUAAGGUUUUGAGUUAAUUCAGUUUUAAUUGUAUUGGCGUAUAACAAAUGUCUCAGAAUGUCUUAAACCUCGAAAUGCGCGUCUACCCCUCAAAAGAGUGACACCAAGGGAGAUGAGGGAGCACAAGGAAGAACUACUGAGCAAAACUAAGACCCUGACUUUGACCGGUUUUCUCACCAUUAGAGGUGAAAUCUGAUCACUCAGUCUAAAAAUUUGACUCCCUGCAGUGUGAACAAUGCCUAAAAUGCUCCACACCACCCCGCACUGCUUACUAAUUACCCAGUUGAUCCUUAUUCAUUUGUUAUUCAUUAUUUAGUAAGUAUAUAGUAUACUUGUACAUAGUAUAUUCUCUCUGGUUUGUUUGUGAAAGCUUCCUAAUACAUCCCUGGAAUUCUAAGCCAGGUGUUUUGUUUCAGUGAUAACUUUUGGACAUAAUUCUUAGUUAUGGAUUUUGAUUGUGAAUUUGCCUAGCAGAGCUUUCCUGCUUGUGCUGACUGUUUAAUGAAAAAGCCAAAAUAAGGCUGCUGCCUCUCACUCUUCUAUGUUACACAUUCUCAUUGAGUAUUUAAAUAAAACUGGUAUUUUUGUAAUA